UUCGUGACGUCCAGCGUGAUUGGCUAAAACAGCAGACUUUGAAUGAAUAUUAAUGAGACGCUUUAAGAAAGUUGCUGAGUAGCAUGCUCGCGCGUUGAUUAAUAUUCAUGAGUACCUUCGCCAUAGUAUUCGUGUGUAUUCAGUUCAGUAUGGGUCUCAUUCAGAGCGUGUUUGCUACACAGGGCGGAUAUCAUGUACAUGGGGUUCAGGAGAAUUCUCCAGCAGAGAGAGCCGGUCUGGAGCCCUUCUUUGACUUCAUUCUGUCAAUUGGACACACCAGACUGAAUAAAGAGAGCAGCACGCUGAAGGAGCUCCUGAAGGCUAAUGUGGAGAAGCCGGUGAAGCUGCAGGUUUACAGCAGUAAAGUGAUGAGGGUUCGAGAGCUGGAGCUGGUUCCCAGUAACCUGUGGGGCGGUCAGGGGCUCCUGGGGGCCAGUGUUCGCUUCUGCAGCUUCACCGGGGCCGAUCAAUACGUCUGGCACGUGCUGGAUGUGGAAGUGAAUUCUCCGGCUGAACUGGCGGGACUGAAGCCUUAUUCGGACUAUAUCAUUGGUGCCGAUCAGGUUCUACAGGAAUCGGAGGACUUUUUCUCGCUGAUCGAGGCGUGUGAAGGUAAAUCGCUGAAGCUUCUGGUCUACAACACACACACUGACCGCUGUCGAGAAGUGCUCAUCACUCCCAAUGCAGCCUGGGGUGGAAACGGCAGUCUUGGCUGUGACGUCGGGUUUGGAUACCUGCAUCGCAUCCCCAUGUGUCCCGUCACAUCUGAACAACACCAAAACACACCUGAACACCAGGAAAACAAGCACCGCUCUGAGCUGUUUCUAGUGAACUCGACUGAUGCUGAGGAGAAAACAGACGCUCAAGGUGGAUCUGCUCAGGACACUUCUGAAGAUUCAGCUCUAUGUGAAAUAUCUCCCGCGUUGGCUCUCUCUGAAUGUUUAGAUUCAUCUACUUCCCUUCUAGACGCCUCUACUUCGUCUCUGAAAGCUGAUGAUGAUGAUGAGGAGGAGGAGUCUGCUAUUAGCAGUCCUAAGAUCAGCUCAUCAGUCCUGCUGGAGGAUUCAGGCAUCUGUGAGUCUCAAACAUCUCCUGCAAUCAUAAAUACAACACCAAAGCAUGACCAGACUGUCAAAUGUACACAGAAAACACUCGCAUAAUCAUGUGCUGUGCCUCAGGUGUGUGUGUGUGUUCUCAGGGUUUCUUUCACAGAAAUAGUUCAGCUGCUUGAAAUGUUUCACCUGUGGAAUAGUAUAAUAUGUAUAGAUGAAGCUUUAAAUGUACUGUAUAUAUAAGUAUAUACUGCUGUUGCUGCAUGUGGGAUUACUCUGGGAUUAUAGCACCACAUUGUGUGUACAAGUGUGUAUUUCUGCUUUACAGAAUAUUGCCUUCAUCUAAUUGUGAAUAUAUGACUAUAUAGACAAUAAAACCAUAUUCCACCCUUAAAAAA